AUGGCAGCUGCAGGGGCUUCGAUGAACCCGAACUUCAUCCCGGAAUACCAACACCUCCCCGCGUUUAUGAAAGUGUUCCACCGGGUGCGAUGCAAGGAUGACAUGAGACUUCCCGACGAGUUCGUCGGGAAUCACGGUCAUGAACUACCGUUCGACUGCAGGCUCGUUUGGCCGAAUGGAGUACGACAUAUGGUACGAAUUCUAAAGCUUGAGCACGGAUGGUUCUUCUCGACUGGAUGGAGAGAGUUUGUUCGUGCUACCGGUGUCGAACAUGGCGAUCAUCUUACCUUCACGUUGGUGGAUGUGGGAAUGUUCAACGUGAAGCGGUUUAACAGAGAGACACAUUUCCCCCCACCGGGGGACGUCGACGUUGUAGUAGACGACGAUAUGGAAGGUAGCUACACCCUGGCAAUCGAUACGUCCGACGAUUACGUGCCAUCCGAUAACGAAUCUGAAACAACGAUGGAUGAGGAAUACGUGGAUGAUAGUGGGGCACUCAACAUCGACGGCUUGCCAACAUUCGUGCUUACGCUCACCCCGGCUAACAUCCAUCGCACCCUCGAGUUUCCAUAUGGCUUUUGGCAACGCCAUAUUCCAAUGGGCGCAAUACAAGCGGGAGUGUAUCUUGUGACUGAAAGGGGAACGUGGAUUUGCACACUGAAACACAACUUGAGGAGCAUAAGGAUUCGGCGUGGGUGGAAUCGAUUUAAGCAUGACAACAACCUGACUGAAGGUGUGCGCUGUCAUUUCACACUUGUUGAUGCGUUUGCUGUCCACUUUCAAGUGCGGUUUGACAGGGCUUAA